GGGCGGAGCGGCCGCAUACUGGGAGCAGCAUGUGGACGCUCGGGCGCCGCGCGUCUGCCGGCCUCCUGCCCCGCUCGGCGCCCCCGGGCUCUGCCCCGGCAGGCGCCGGAGCCCGGGGCCCGACGAGGGGCGCCCCGCUCUACGGCAGCCGGGGGCUGCGCGUCGGAACCGGAGCGACCCGCGUACCCAGCCCCGCCAGUCUGAGCCUCCACCGCCUCGAUCAGAUCGUGAAUGUCAAAAAGCAGAGCGUCUGUUUGAUGAAUAUGAGGACAGCGGGAACUUUGGGCGACCCUGGCUCUCUGGAUGAGACCACCUAUGAAAGACUGGCGGAGAAGACACUGGACUCCCUAGCAGAGUUUUUCGAAGACCUCGCAGACAAGCCUUACACAUUCGAAGACUAUGAUGUCUCAUUUGGGAGUGGUGUUUUAACAGUUAAACUGGGUGGAGAUCUAGGAACCUACGUGAUCAACAAGCAGACCCCAAACAAGCAGAUCUGGUUAUCUUCGCCCUCCAGCGGGCCCAAGCGCUACGACUGGACAGGGAAGAACUGGGUGUACGCGCACGACGGCAUGUCCCUCCACGAGCUGCUGGCCAUGGAGCUGACUAAAACCUUAAAAACCAAACUGGACUUAUCUUCUCUGGCCUAUUCCGGAAAAGGCGCUUGAUGCCCAGCCCAAUCCCAAAGACAUGAACAGCUCUAAAGCCCAGACCCCAGCUCCGUCCUGCAGCUGUGUGUCUGGUCUGUUCCAUUCCCACUUUGGAGGACAGUUGCAUGGCGUGUAAGGAAGAGCUCUGUGAAAGAGCAUGUUGCCUCCCACCCUCCCCCAAGUUCGGAUUUGUAAUUUCCGUAGUGUUUUUGGAUUUAUUGUCUUGAUUUCCUCCCUCACAGGAUAUCCCUUCUCUUUUAUAAUGUCCCUAUACUCAUACAUUUAUAUGUAACCUUACAACAAAGGAAAAUAAGAAGGAAAAAUUCAGGAGGAGAAAUGACUUGAUUUCACUCUUUGUCCUUUGAAGGACUUAACUGCCUAAAACCACAUGAAGAGGGCUGGCCGACCUCCCCUUUCUGUCCCCAAAUAAGACUCAUUAAAGAGUUGCCUAUAAAUGUUGCCACGCCUCUUGAAAAUGUCCACAUUCCUAAGCCCUUUAUUAUGGAAGUGUCAGUGACAUUCAGGAAUUCUCAAACCAAAGAUCAUUCUCUGUCUGCAUUCGUGUCUGCCAGGCUGUGAACUGCACGAGACUCACAGAGACGUGAUGUUUCUUCCAGAGACGUAUAUAGGGACAUAUGCACACAUUUCAUUUCAUUGUGUGUGUGUGUUUUUUUUUUUUAAGUGAAGCAUCCGCAUAGAUUCAGCUGCUGCAGCACAAGUCUGAGAAUGCAAAAACUCUCCCAAAGAAAAGGGGAAAAAGGGCCAUCUUCAUAAGUUCGUGGAUGUAGUGUAAUAAACUAGGUCACGGGGCUGAGGGGGUGCUUUGCAAAUUAUGAAGGACCACAUAAAUGAAAAGAUGUUCAUGUUAAUGAAAAGAACCCUGGUCCUUCACUUGGCUCAGUGCAACCUUUUCUUACUAAAGAAAGAUUUCUCAGUAACGAGGCUACGCAGACAUGCAGCAUCUCCGUUCUCUAUCUCUGGGUGAGUUUCACAAACUCCCUGCACCUGUUUCCCCACGUGUUAAAUGAGAGGGUGGAACUGAGAGAAUAUAGUGGAUUCCCAGCCCAGACAUUCAGUGAUCCUGUCAGGCCAACUUAACAGGCUGGUUUUAAUUCCUUCUGGUAGAUGAGGGGAUGACCAAGAACAAUUUUCUUAAGCUAUAGCAUAAAUACAUGGUUAUUGGUAUCAUUCCACUUGAAUUUCAGUUGAAUUUAUGUUCAAAUAGUACCCAUCUUACAUGUCUUUACUGUGCUGAGCUUGUGCUGUGGACUGAAUGCCUAUGUCCCCCCCAAAUUCUUAUGGCGAAUCCUAACUCCUGUGUGAUGGAGUUAGGAGGUGGGGCCUCUGGGAGGGGUUGGGUCAUGAGGACAGAGCCUCAAGACUGGAAUUAGUGCCCUUAUAAAAGAGACCCCAGAGAGCUCCUCGCCCCUCCCACCAUGUGAGGACACAGUGAAGACAGCCGUCUGUGUCCCAGGAAGCAGAACAUCACCAGACCCUGAAUGUGCUGAGGCCUUGACCUUGGGCUUCCCAGCCCCCAGAACUGUGGGAAAUAAAUUUUUGUUGUUUAUAAGCUA